AAUACUAGGGCGAAACAACUUCAAAUUAACGGUGAGAGAACAACGAAGAACUUUGCUUGCACUGAAAAGAAACAGAGAGCCAACGCAAGUGCAACCGCCUACCUAGAUUGGUUCGUGUGGGGAGCCUUUUUUCGCGCGAUGGAGCUCUUAUCCUUUCGUACGCUGGUCAGUUCGGUCUCAUUCCGUCGGUGACUCUGUUGGCGUUCAGCUCACUCGUUAUUCGAAGUCUCGUGUGGCAUAUCUCUAGUGAGGAGGAAGGGUCCAAAUAAGGUGGAGCUCGGUGUGAUGUGUUUUGCUCCCUGUGCUGCCAACUAAUUAGAGUGCGGUCGUUUCUUUGCCGCAAGAAGUGCAUCAUCGAAGGUGCCGAAGAAGAAUCGCGCCAGUUGCAGUAGAGAAGUGGAUUGGUGCGGACGUGUUUCUUGGAGUGAACGCCGCCUACUUGAGGAAAGGCACAAGCACGCUGUCCUAGUUGAUUACCAGCGUGGUUGCAGCGGAUAACCGCCAAGUUUUGGGAAAGUUUUACGUGCGUGAAAUUGAAUUAACAUUGAAUGUGCAGUUUUUUUGGAAAGUGAUUUUUCCCAUUUUGAUGAAGAGUAAGAAGAUUGUGAUGCCCUGAUACGGUCGAUGCUGUGAUGGCCUCAGAACGCUUUGGCCAAAGAAGGAGACUAUAGCCAGCGUCAGCCCUAGCAACGGCAGCACGGAAAUGCAAUUAACGAAGAAUUUGGUGCAAAUAAAGUGAAAACGUGUGUCGUUCGGUUGAUUUAUGGGAUUUGCAUUUUGGGGGCCGAUGUGACGACAACGACGAUAACUAUCAAAACGAAGUAAGGCCGGUUUUUUUUUGGUCCGCUUUCAAGAGGACUCUCGUUGAGUUUCGAGUUGCUUUAUCGGACCUUGCGGACUGUGGGGAUACAAGCUCAAAAGUAAUAAACGGCGAGGAAACCGGCAAUCAAAGGUAUUUAGCACCGAACGUGUGCCGCUGUGGGAAGAAGAAACACAGAAGCAUUUAGUGUUGAUAGCCCGGUCAGGGGGUGUGAUGGAGGUUGGGGUUUUAUCGGUACGAUAAGCGCCAAGCAUGGAUAAGAUGCGUCGACCUUAGAAAAUUUGCGACUGGCUCGCAAAGGAAGUAACACUUUUCGGACAAAAAUAAGGACUAACUUAUUGAUUUCAUUGACUGCUUGAAACACCGAGCUCAUGUUCAAGAUGUCGUGUGCCAUCGGAGUGCUGAAAUUGAUCCUAAUCCAGUACAUGAUUGGUGAUGUUUCGUCGCUGUUGAACGCCGGAGCAGGAAGCGGAUCGGGCGCAGCGGAUGGAUUGGGACAGCCGGUGGCCAAUCGGAGGCACACUGACAACCUGCUGAUUGCUCGGUGUCGUUCCAAAUGUACGAACACAAACGACAAAAUGAUGUGCGAAAGCAACUGCAUCCGGGAAUACCUGGAGGAUUCAUCCUACAAAAAGUACGGUGAUUGUCCAAAGGACCCUCAGAAUCGUCUGGAAGCGAUUUGCCUCAACACCUGCCGGAGCACGGACUACCACUGCCCUGGCGUGCAGAAGUGUUGUCCCCACUCUUGCGGCAUGAGCUGUCAAAAUCCAAUCGGCUUGAGCAAAGUGCGCGGUUUGCCACCGGUUCCGGUGCACGUGAUUCUACGCGACGCUGGCCGCAGUAUCCGUAUGGCUGAAAUUCAGUGGGACCUAGCCGUAGAGGAAGAGGACUCCAGUGCCACGUACUACGUGGUGGAAUCAAGGCAUCACAUCGGCAUUAGCUUUGCCGAGCGAAAACUGGAAAAUGACUGGCAGAAUCACAAGGCAACGAUGGUCUAUGAGAUCAAGCGGACGGGUAACCUCAAAAGGUUUGUAGGGGAGUUGAAGCUGAAGCCCGGUCGAUGGUACCAAGUACGGGUGGCUGCGGUCAACGAGAAGGGUACUCGCGGAUAUUCCACUAUUUCUAAGGAGUUUCAGCUAAGUAGAAAACCUAAUCCGCCACAGCCACCGAAGAAUCUCACCUUGGGGCCGUUGGUGCCGAGCGCCAAUGGUUUGUAUAGUAGAAAAAUUAUGUGGUCACUUCCGCGAUCGGAUCUUCCGGUUGAGAAGUACAAGAUUAGCUGGAGUUUAUAUUUGAAUGCAAGCGGUGAAGCACGGGCCGGAAACUCAUCUCUGUUCAAAGAAACGGCCACCGUGUCAGCGCCAAUGCGACAUUACGAGAUCAAAGGACUGCAACCGAACAGUAUUUACUAUCUUCAAAUUCACGCGGUCAGCGUGUACGGCAAGAGGCGGCUGAAGUCGGCCGCCAGUAGCGAGCUGAUGAACACUACGGUGGACCCCGGAAGUAUCAGCAAGCAAGCUAGUAUGGAUAACAUGUUGAUGAAUGAUGCUGCCAGCUAUCAACGUCGCACAAAAUCUGGCGGCAACGUAUCAAGGAUAAACUACAAGUUUGUUCCACGCAAAACUGGUCUCACUGUGAGACUCACAUGGCUGGACCGGAACCAGAGUGGACGCUAUCGGUUACACUUAUGUCGUGGCACUCGGGAGUGCCUGGUCAAACCGAUGAGCGCCAGCUCGCACGAUGUUGUGGUGAAGCAGAAAACAUCAUACGAGUUUUCGAGUCUGGAAUUCGAUACCAAAUACACGGUUGGAUUGCGUCACAACCAUCGAAAACGUGCCACCGGAGGGCCGACCAAUCAGCAUCAUCAUCAUCAGCAGAAACAGAAGGGCCUACCCGGCUAUGAUAGCUUCCGAACGUUUGUGACCCCCACUUGUGAGGACUUCCGGAAAAAACAUCCUGACUCUGCGGUUGAAUGUUCCGUCUAAGGGCGGCAUGUCCUGACGAUCAAGCAUUAUAAGAGCUGUAUUAAAGACAAUUUAGCAACAAUGAAUUCUUUCCCGCCAUAACUUGCCCACAGCAGCGCCACUUUACGCUUUGCCUGGCUAGGAUAGAUGUCAAUUAUGGAAUCGAAGGUACAAUCGGUUCAUAUUUUUGUUAUUUAAAUUUAUUUCUAGUAUUGAAUUAGUAGAUUUUUGUUUCUUUAGUUCUAAGUGAUGCUGCCAUUUUAUACUCAAUGUAGAUGAAAUUUAGGAGUAUAUCAUGUGAACUGAUGACUAGUGAGCUCAUAAGAGAAUCGGUCAGCUCGACUUGCUUAAUAAUCCAUUUAUUUGCUGAAGUAAGCAAACUUAAAGACGAUAUUGUGUAUGUUGAUAUUAUACGAAUAAUGAAUUGCUCCCUAUAUGUAUACGAGAACAACUGACAUUUAAUUAGUUUUAAUUCAAGAACGUGAAAAGAACAGACGUCCUAACACCAUUGUAUAUAUCUAUGACACAGUUGUCUCUUUGAUAUCACCAUACGGAUAACUGAAAUGAAUUCCAUACCCAUUAUUGACUAGUUUUUUCAACCUUCUGAACAUGUUGCUAGAACUCACUUGAGUAUUAAUGGAAAAUAUAAAAAAGUCUCAAAAAA